AGAAGCGCAGCAUUUGACAUAAUGAUGAUGUUUGAUCAAAGGACAUAGCUUUAGUAGCAGUGGCAGUAGAGACAUGUACAGAGGAUCGUCUGCUUGCUGUCUCUUCUUUCCCCUCCUUUUCGUGUGUGAGAGAGUUCAGUGUUAUUCUCUGUUCUAACUUCACUUUUUGGCACCAUUUAUCAUGCUUCACUCCUUCUUCUUCUUCUUCUUCUUCUUCACCCUCCAACAGGCCAAGAAAGAUAGCUCUUUUCUACGGUUAUAUAUAUAUAUAUACUCUUGGACACUUUUUGUUUGAGUUUGGAGACAAUGAUUGUGUGUUGACGCUCUUCCUUCGGUUUCAAUUCACUUCUCCAACAUCUACUACAUAUUGCAGGGCUCUUCAGGAUGGGACAAGAAUUGGAGUUUGAUCUGAAUGACAAGUCUUCCGUGGGUCUCAGUUCCGAUACUGUUCUUCCAUCUCAUCAAUAUUGCUUUAAUGUGAAGAAAAGAUGUAAUAAUGGGAAACCCACUGGGAAAGAUGAUUUUUUGAAACUCAAAGAGAACCUUGCUGAUAUCAAUUUUGGUCGCUUCCGCAGUUCUUCACCAAAGGGCCUUCCCUGACUGGAAGGUAAUAUAGAAAUAGAAAUGAGACAAGGUUCCGUGUAUCAGAGUUCAGAACAAGUCAUAAAUAUAAAGAAAAUUGGCACCAUUAGGGGAAGGAAAAAAAUAGAAAUUUCAUCUAGGAGUAGUGAUGCCUCUUUUUCAGGUAGUGUUGUUGAUUCUCUGUGUGGUUCAGAUGAUGAAAGUCUGGAUGAGAGACCUUCAGUAAUAUCUCAGGACUCAAAUUUAGGUUCAACAUCUCCAUCUGUUUCUGUUUCCUGGGUUAGUAUGGAGAACAGCACUUCAAAUGGCUAUAUUGAAUUUUGCUUAAAUUCAGAUGUUUGGGAUGAAAAAUAUGGUGCAGCAGAAGGGGUUGGUUCUAUAAAUACAGAAAUCAGAAGUGACAAGGUUGCUGGUUCACCAAUUGAUGGUAAUUUUCAUCUUCAAAAAGAGACAGUUCGUGGAUUACAAAAGCCACUCUCUGCUAUGGUUGAAAUCUCUCUCAUGCCAUCUCCAUCAGAGAGUGACUGCUCACCAAGAUCAAGUUCAAAAAUCUCACUCACCUCUAUCAGGAACAGGUUAAAUUCAUAUACAAAGUCAAAAUCUUUGAAAAGCCCAGUGAGUUGUGUUCUGGAAACUACUGAGGUCAAAUUAAGCGGCACAAGAAACAGGGCUUAUCAGAGAUCUUUGCUGAAUGACUUCUCUAACACAGCAAAGCAUUCUGACAUUAUUUCUGAGUUUAUCAAUAGAGAUAUCCAGUUUUCAGGUCUAUCAUGUUCUCCUGUUCAUCUUCAUGGCAAUCUCAAGUUGAAAAACAAACAAGGACUGCCAUUUUUUGAGUUUAAGGUAAAGUGCCCCGAAGAUGUCUUUGUGGUGAAGACAUGGAAAUCAGGCAAUGCUUUCAAUUGGGCGUAUACCUUUCAUUCAAUGGAUAAUAGAAAAAAAAGUACUGCCACUGACUUGGGAUCCCAUUGUUGUGACAAAGACUCAUCAAUGGUAGCACAGAUGCUGGUUUCCUCUAAUUCAUGCUCGAAAUUAGAAGGUGGAAUGUUUGACAACUCUAUGGUAUCAGAAUUUGUGCUGUAUGAUCUUACACACUCAAGCAAAAGUGUUUCUCCUGAAAAAAAGCGUUACAGCGACCAACACUGUUCUAAAACUCUAAAAGCUUCUCGUGUAGGAAUGAAGGGCGAAACUUUUAGGCCAGAUGAAGAGACUUUGUUCACUAAAAACAAGCUUCUAUCAGGCAAUGCAGAUUUUGAUAAAUCAAAUUCCUAUCCUUUGUCAUCCACAGAAUUGCAUUCAAACCCUGAAAUGGCUGCCAUUGUUUUGCAAAUUCCAUUUCGCAAGAGAGAAAGCUUGAAAUACAAAAGAAGGGAUAGAAUAAAUGCUGAAGAGCAUUCAAAAUUAAGUGAUCUCUCUUUAGCUGUAGAUCAGAGUAGAAAAAGCCUUCAUGAUAGGAAAGUCCUAGAACAGGUGAAGGUGGUGCUACCAACCGGAAGCCAUGGUUUGCCAAGUGCUGAAAGCCAGGGUCCCUCAUCAUUACUUGAUAGAUGGAAACAUGGUGGAGGUUGUGAUUGUGGCGGCUGGGACAUGGCCUGUCCCCUUAUUCUUUUAGGUAAUCCUACUAUUCAAUUUGCUGAAGGUCGAACUCAUAUGGAGGGAUAUCAAACACUGGAACUUUUCACUCAGGGAGCCAAAGAGAGAACUCCUACAUUUGGCAUGACAAUGGUUGAAGAGGGGCAAUAUGCAGUUGAUUUCCAUGCAAACCUAUCACCGUUACAAGCUUUCUCCAUUUGUGUUGCUAUUUUGCAUGGCAACUCCUCCUUCAGUGGCACGGGGAAGGCAAAAAACCAACAGAUAUCUAGAUGCAAUUCAUUGAAAAUGCUUCUUGAGGAGGAGGUAGAGUUAUUUAUCAACUCAGUCACCAAAGAAGAGAAUAAGAAUGUGUCCAAGAUUCAGAAGGGAAUUUCUCGACCCUACGUGCUAAACCCACCUUUGUCUCCCAUUGCACGAGUAUAAAGGGUAGUUUACACUUGCCCAGCUUGCUGCAGUGAUCCAAGUGAGAUAUUUGUGUCAGCUUUUGAGUCCUUAAUUUAAGCCAUUGCUAUUGCUGGUUUGACCUUAAAGCUGGUAGCAAGUGCUACAUUCUCUGCUUCUGGUUAUUGGAACUGAGUCUGGGCUAUUUAUUACUCAUGAUAGUCAAAAGAAUAUAUCUUGCCACACAGAAUACCCUGCUUUCAUGAAGAAAAUGUGGAGUGCUUGCUGCUAAUGUUAGAAUCAUACUUUGUAACACCAAAUAGAACAGAAUAUUAUUGUCCAUAUUUGAAUGGGAUAAUUAGAGGGAAAGGUUAUAGGAAAUGAUUUUAUUCUGGAUUUCAGUCCUUUCUAUAUGUAAACAUUAAAAAAUGACACUGGAAAUCAACCCAGUAAUUUGUUUAAAAACAACUUGCAUUUGCCGGUAAUCAAACCUCAGUGAACCUGGAUUAACCAGAA